CAAGAAAAACCUGCAGAGAUGUUUGGAUUGAUCAGGAACUGAUCAGGGAUCGAUCAGGGAUUGAUCUGCUGGGCCGAGAGUGACGUUAUUUUCGGUGCAACUUUCCAACAGCGGAGGCUGAACGAGACCUGGUUGGUGCAGCUGAAGCUGCAUGGAAACAUUUUUGUGGACCUUCCCGCAGAGAGGAACGUAUCCGGCUGUCCAGAAGCCACUUCUAUUGAAAGCAGCACUGUGAACGGUCCAUGAUGAGUUCAUUGAAUGAAGCUGAGGACACGAGUGCAGAUCCUUCUCCUCAAUCAUCUACACACGAAGAAGAGCUCAGAAAAAAAGAUACCGCUCUUCAAAAAUCAACAAGAGAGGCAGAAGAUAAAGAAAGCGAAGUUAAUGAAGAUGAUGAAGAAUUCAGCACCUCGCUAAGUGUGGGUGAUGGACGCUACCUGGUGGAUUUGGGGAGCUCCUCAGAGUUCAUCGUGGAUGAAAAGUGCCUCCUCGAGUUGUUCAAGUCAUGCCGGGAAUGCAGCCGACAGUGUUCGGUUAGAAAACGUGUCAACGGACUAAAAAUUAUUGUCAACCAGAUGUGCCAUUUCUGUGAGAACCGCUUUCAGUGGACCAACCUGCCAGACGAUGACGAUGAAGAUGAGGAUGAGGAUGAUGAGAAGCAGCACAGUGACCUGCAGGUCAACGGACAGGACACCGCGCCAUCACCGAGCAUGAACGAAAGCACAAAUAAGUCCAACAGCUGUGUUGAAUGAAGCUGUUGGACUUCUGUUAUCUUUCUUCCAAUUCUCACAAAACAAAACCAUUAACACUUUUUUCUUUUUUUUAUAAAAUGAAAAACCCUCAUUUCCUGAUGGGAAGUUUUGCAGGUUUCCUUUGACAUCAGUUUUCCAGCAUUAAUCCUGACUGAAGCCGCUGGGGUUGGAAGGGAGGAGCCGUCUUGAUCUCUGUGACUGCAACACGGCUCCCGUCCGAACGUCACUUUGAAAGACUUUUUUUUAAUGUUUGUGUCGUCAGCAUUUUCCACCUAUUGUGUCGAUUUGUAAAUGCACAUUA